AUGCCUGCUGAUUCUCCAAAUUGUACGUUAGAUAAAUUUACUACAUCUCCUUCAACAGUAAAUAUGACAACAAUCGUUACACCGGCCAUUCUAUUAUCAAAUGGUACAACAAAAGGCUCACUAUUACCUACGCCACAAUUAACGCGUUCAACAUCACCACGCUUAGAAACAAGACAAUUAAAUAAAUUAAGACGUUUUCUAAGUACAUUGUAUCAUUUCGGAUCGGAUAUUUCUAGUGAAAUUGGUGAACGUGUUAAAACAUUAAUAUUAUCUAUUGUAAAUAACGCAGUAUCUGUUGAAGAGUUUCAUGCUAAAGUACAACAGAUAACAAAUUUUCCAUUAAGACCAUUUGCAUUACCAUUUCUAAAAACAACAUUACCAUUGUUACAAAAAGAUAUUUUAUAUAUGGCUCGACAAGCGAAACAAUCUACUGCACAAUUUAUUUCUCAACGUGAAGAUUUGAUAUUUUUACCGCGUGAAAUUUCAGAAAUAAGUACAAAAGACUUUAAUGAAAAUGGAAAACGAAAAUUAAAUGAUGAUCUACGUGAGCUAGACGACAAACAGUAUCCAUCAAAACAUUCAUCGACAGCAUGUACAUCACCUCCAUUAAUGCACCCAAAUUUAUCAUUAAAAAAUAAUUCAUUUUAUUCGACAAUAACAACUAGCACAACAAAUUCAUACUCGACAUCGUCAUCAAAUCGUUUGGUGGAUACAAUGCGAAGAGAUUUUAAAGAUAAAGAACGAUCAUUUACAGCUUAUCUUCGAGAAUAUGCAUCCGAUUUCAAAGACAUAACAGAUAAAACUAUGGAUGAUGAUUGGAAAAAUGCGGAAAGUAUGUUGAAUUGUGUAUUAGAUAUGGUGACAAAAGCAAAACGUGCCCUAUUUAUUUUGCAACAAAAAGAUACACAUCUACGUCGACUUGUAGAAACAAACGAUUUAGAAUGGAGAAGAAGGCAUUCAGAAUUAUUAACACAAACGGAAGAUAGAAUCAUGGAAGUUAGAAGAAAAGCAGAAGAAACAGUAAUUGAAAUAAAACGUCAAGGUUUGAUUGAUAUUCAAAAAGCAGUAUCUAAUUCUGAACAAAAAUCUUCUGAAUUAUUAACGUGUGAACGAGAACAAUUUCAACGAAUUACUCAAGAAGUAAAACAGAAAUCAUUUGAAGAUGCCUAUACUCUUCUAAACAUACAAGAAGAUGGUCCAGAACAAUGUUGGCAUUGUGGUCGAAAAGCUAUUGAAACGUGCAGUGGUUGUUCAGUUGCUCGAUAUUGCGGAUUAUUUUGUCAACAUCGCGAUUGGUCAUUACAUCAGAAAUUGUGUGGACCAGAUUUAAAGCAAAAACUAACUGAAAAUCUACUAUGUGGCGGUACGCGACGUGCUUAUAAAAUACAGACAUCGACUAUUUCACCGAAUAAUAACAAUCAUCAACACAUGCAAAAUAAUGUCACAACUACAACAUCUGAUUUACCACCCUCAAUAAAAACAAGCUCGACACCAGUACUAAUUGAAACGUCUCACAGUACGUGUACAACACCGUUGUUAUAUGUAUCAUCACCACCAACAGACGAACCAGAACAUACAUCUACAUUAGAUACGACGAUCAAUCAUCAGCAACAUGAUUCAAAUGCAUUAAAUAUUACAACAACAACGUCAGUAGUUAAAACAGAAGUAUUUGAAGAGCAAAAUGUCAUACCAUUAUGUCAUAGACUACCAUCGGCAUUAUUCAAUGGACUAACAGCAGGUGUGGCAAUUUAUCAUACCCAAAAAGUAAUCGAAUGGAUUAUCUAUCGUUCAAGAGAAUUUUCCACAUGGACAUUUUUCGAUAUGCAUCAUGAAUUAUAUUCACAUCUCGUCUAUACGUCACACAAAACAGUUAAUUUAAUUGAAAAUAAACAAAUUUUCUCACCAUCUACGACACUUUAUGUCAAACUAACUGAUAAUUUUCAUCUCCAAUUAGAUAUUAUAAAACAUUAUCUGUUCUUAGAUAUUUUAGUGUUUUUAGUCAACGAACUUAGCUCAAAUUACGAUUCACAUUGUCUAAUUGUAAAGAUUAUUAUUACUCAUUUAUAUGGCUAUAUCAUAUUCGUCUUCCUUUUGUUUAAUUAUGAUUGUGUCAAAACAAUACUUGUACUUAUUUUCAAUAGACGAUUGGAUACAAUACCAGAAUUAUUUCGUUCACCAUAUCUCGCAACAUCACCAAAGAAUUUUUGGAAGAGAUGGCAUCAGAUGUAUCGUAAUACUUGGCUUCAUAUUAUUUAUAUUCCAAUAUCCACGUUGAUUCGUCAACUUCAUCCAACAUCCACGAAACUCAUCUAUUUUGGUUUACCAGCCAUGGCUGUAUUUUUAUUUAGUGGCAUUAUUCACGAAUAUAUUGUUUAUGGAGCAUUUCAAAUAAUUACUGGUGAACAGUUACUAUUUUUCACUAUGCAAGGUAUUGCUGUUAACAUCGAGCAUGUGCUAGUAAAAAAAUGUAACGUGACAAUGCCCAACUGGCUUGGAUUUCUAUUAACAUUUCUAUUUAAUGGUAUCACAGGUAUUUAUUUUGUACGACCAUGGGUUAAAUCUUUGAGAUUGAUAAAAAUGAAAUUUUCUAUCAUUGAUGCCGUGUAUCAUGGUUUUUUACAAUAA